CCCGGCUUGCUGCCUUGCCUCAUACAUUGCAUGACCUCCGUUUCUUCCUGGUUCUUCGCUUCUUCUUGCACCUCUCCAGCGACCAACUCGACGGGACCUCCUCGCCUUUAACUCGUCACUAACCACCACCUCAGAUGCGACUGCCAGCACGCCGAUCCUUGCUCUGCCUCUCUAUCCAGCCUCAAUGACAGCGACUGCCUCCAACCCAGCGAACGCUUCGACCCUGUCAGCUUAACUUAUCCAUACGGGAUUUCUCCAGCCUCACCAUGAAGACCACUUAUUCGCUAGUCGGUCUCCGACGUUGGUCGUGCAAGAGCAAGGAAUUACCUGUAGUCCCCACAAUCAAGGCGAUCCACGUUUACGACUUUGACAACACUCUCUUCAACAGUCCCCUACCGAACCCUCAGAUAUGGGCGCAGCCUACCGUCGGCCUGCUUCAAACAUACGAGACGCUGGCAUACGGAGGAUGGUGGCAUGACAACAGCAUCCUGGCAGCCACGGGAGACGGCCUUGAGAUCGAAGAGCCCCGCGCAUGGGAAGGUCACUGGAACGAGACUGUGGUCCAACUCGUCGAACUGAGCAGCCAAACCAAGGACGUCCUUACUGUCUUGCUGACUGGGAGAGGGGAGACAUAUUUCGCGGACCUGGUCAACAGAAUUUGCAACUCACGGAAACUCGACUUUGACAUGGUCGUCCUGAAGCCCGAGGUGGGCCCAUCAAGCCAGCAGUUCGAGAGCACCAUGGCGUUUAAGCAGGAGUUCCUCAAAGAACUGGUCUUCAGCUAUAAGAACGCUGAUGAGAUCAGGAUCUAUGAAGAUCGUCCUAGGCAUGUCAAAGGCUUCAGGGACUAUUUCGAGCGUUUGAACAAAUCAUUCCUCUCGCAUCCAGUCGACCAACCGCCUCCACCUCGGAAGCCCAUCACGGCCGAAGUGAUCCAUGUCUGUGAGCUGAAGACUACUCUGAACCCAGAGACCGAGGUCGAGGUCGUCCAGCGAGCCAUCAACCGCCACAACGAUGCAAUCUCCAACGGAGUUCCAACUCUCACCAAGACUGCCCGCAAGCAUUUGAAGAUCGACCAGCAAUUUUGCUACUUCGGGUAUAUGAUUAAUCAAACCGACUCUUCCCGGCUCCUGACACUGUUCAACAUCGCAGCUGGCUGGAUUGAUUCCGGUGAGGUCCGCCUUUUCGCGUCGAGUAUCCUCAUCACCCCUUAUUACCCUCGACACGAUGUUCUCAAGAAGGUUGGCGGACGUGGGAAGAAGGUCACCUGGCAAGUCACUGGCAUUGCCAAGUUCGAAGACCGUAUCUGGGCUGCCCGUGUUGCGCCAGUGACAGAAACGCAGAUAUACACCCAAGAUCCCACACCUCUUGUUGUGCUUGCCGUCCGAAAGGGAUCCAGACAGAUCGACGCAGCGAAAAUCCAGAACUGGCAAUCCGUCUCUCCGGACAAAGCUUUCAUAUUCGAGACCACAGUCGCCGAUAAGGUCAUGUUGAAAAUCGAAGACGAUCCCACCCGAACCCAACGUUGGUCAGGGGGCAACCGGAGGGGGCCUUUUGCCAACGAUAUGGAGGCGGGGCACAAGCGGAAAUAUGCUGCUGACGAGCCCAACUCGCGGAACAGAGAUUCGUAUGCACGCGUUGCAGCUGGGAGCGAUAGAGAUGAGGGUAGUUACGUCCCUAGAGGAGGCCGGUUUGCACAGCGCAAUCAACAAAGUAAAGCCAACUUCAACAACCGCAACAACCCAAACUUAUCCGGGAACAGAGGGAAUCAUCAAGGCGCGAACACUACGUCGAAACAACGCGGUGGUGGCCAAGGUGGGGGAGGUCCAAACAGAGGCAGAAACGGCGGUCCUGCCGGUGGAGGCGGCGGCAGAGGAGCCCCGGCUUACAAGAGUCUCGACGACUAUCCACCAGGAAACUUUGAUGGGGCCAAUGAUCCCAAGACUGGUUCAGGCGAAAUGGUUAUGAACUAUUAGGGUCUGCAUCUUCAGGCAGGCCAUGAUUUGUUGCAGGAUACGACACAGGAGCUGAGAUUUUGUUCGGGUCUAUGACAGGAUGAGCGGAUGCUGGAGCAUCCAUCGGUCGGGGGUCUUUAUUGCAAAGCCGGGUGUUCACGGGGAAUGUACUGUUCCUGGGAUGGGCCUUACUUGUAUGAUACCCAAAAAGGGCAGUUUGACUCGAUAUUUUAUGAUUGUUCUGCUCGAACGAAACCCGUUGCUAGGAGAGCGUUGCUGCUUCCAAAAGCAUCAAUGAAUUGUCGGCGCAGAACUGGUCUUGUCGGAGCUGCCUUUCCAAAUACGUCGCAGGAAUCUCAAUGGAACAGAGAAAUCUUGUAUGAUCAGUUUAGGCACGAAGAAAAGACGGAUCAUCUCAUGUGUUGCCAAGUGUAGCUGCUUCCCAUCCUCCAACAUGAUGCUCUGC